GUUUGGGGUAUUUAAAAUAGUUUUGGAUAUUCUGUUUUAUUAGUUGUUAUCCUGCCGCUCGAAAAUCAUAGACUUAUUUCCUUCAUCUUCGUUCUAGAGCGAAGACAUAAAUUGUCCGAGCUCAUUUCUUACCUUUGUAUCCUAUUUUAUUGAACAAAGAGAAAAUAAUGAGGCAUAUACGACGCGUUCAAUCCCAAUCCUCCCUGGAACGACAGCCAACUCUUGAAGCACAGCCAAAAGACUGGAUCCAAAAGCAAUCCAAACAAUACCAAAAACUGGCCAACGAAAAUAUUGAACUACAAAUAAUUUUGCGCGAACAAGAAGAGCAAAUCAAAGGUUUACAGGAUACUGUCAGGAAUUUGAUUGACGAGAACAAUUCGCUAAUGUCUAAGCUUGGCGAGAGAAUGAAAGAGUCUGUCUCUCUGAGAUUGGAAAAUGCUUCUUUAAAUCAUGAUUUAAAAACUGCCCUCAACGAUAAGAGGAGUACGUCGCACACUAUCGAUGAGCUUCAAGGUAAAGUCUCUGAGCUUAACCUGCUACCAAGGGCUACACCCAGAGUUAUUAUCGUCAUGAAGAUGUUGGAAUUCUUAAACAAGGAUUCUCAGCCUUCAAGCAGGAAGGGCCUUUGUGUUUCAUUGAUAUCUUUGGACAGUCGUCCGGGUUCCAAUCUAAGAAGCACACUUGACACUUUGCUGAGCACCGAUGAAGCUCAAAUACUAUUUUCCACUUUUGAUAAGUGGUUCGGUAUAGAAGCAUUGCAGUCGACAACACUCGUUACCUGCUCUGUGUGCAGAAAAGCCAAGUUCAGACAAACUGCUGGCGUUGCCGGCGCCGCGACUGUCAAUGAAUUCAUUACAACCGGUCCAACGAUUUCAUGCGACAAAGCAGUCUGCUCAGCAUGCUAUCUCAGCUCACUUUCAUACUCCUUAGAGCUGCUCCAGGAGACGUGGUGGACAGCUCAAGGGCCAACGAUCUCCAUAUUGUGUCCUUGUGGCAGUCACUGUGAUAGAAUUCCCAUGGACAAUCGGCAGCAGCUGAUGCAGUUGCUACAGCUAAUGAACGACGACUGGCUUAAGAUUAGAAAGAUGAAGAUUUACGACACGGCUUUAUACCUGAUGAAGAUUUUAAACAAUAUCAAUCCGGAAUUGACAAUUGGUGCCCGAAAGGUUGCAGCACGCAUGCAUCGAAAGAUGAUGGCCCAUGGUUUCAUGAAGUAUCCAUUUGACAUGGACUAUUGGGACCUGCACCGCACUGAAGCUAGCUCCCCAUUAAAGGCAAACUCUAAGUUUGUUCAAAUCUAUAAUGUUGAGCAUGCUGGAGAAACGCUAUUGAUCCCUAUUUUUACUCGAUUUCUGCACGCUGAAAAGGAACCGACUGAUUGUGUAAUUUGCACUGAGUCUAUCUAUGACGUCUCCUAUGGUUCUAUCGAGGAGUGGGCGAGAGUCUGCGCAGAAUUCAACGGCGACUGGAUGUGGAAAGUAUUAUUAUUCCCUCAGAAAUUGGGCACAAAUUGCGAUCAUAUAAUCGAUUUCUGCACGUCUUGCUUACAACAGCACAUCGAAACCCAGCUGGAGCAAUUUGGAAGAAGCGCAUGCGACGACAUCACUUGCCCAUCUGAAGGCUGUCAACGCCUACUUACGUAUGGGGAAAUACAAAUAUAUGCACAAGAAGAGACCUUUUCCAAAUACGAUGAGUACUUAAAACUCAAGGCCUUGAGCCAAAUGGCAUCUUUCAUGUGGUGUUUAUCUGAGAAAUUCUCCAGUGGUCAGAUACAUGACUUACUCUUGAACAGCCAUGUUGUUUGCGCUGACUGCGAGUUUGAAAUGUGCUUUAGUCACCAAGUGAAGUGGCACGAGGGACUGACAUGCGAACAAUACGACAGUCUGAAGGAAACAGGAGAUCCAGAGUUUCAACAGACGCGAGGAUGGAUCACGAGCAAUACCAAGCCAUGCCCUGAAUGUAGCAUUAAAGUGCAAAAAGGCAAUGGUUGCUUACACAUGACAUGCAGUCUAUGUCAUCAUGAGUUUUGUUGGGAGUGCCUUGCUAGCUGGAGAGAUAUUAUACCAGGAUCUGGGACUUACAACCGCUCGGCUCAUAAUGAUGGAUGCUAUUUCAAAACCAGCAAUCAACAACCCACGCAGGUAAGCGGAACUAGUAUUACCGCAGCCACAUAAACCUUUCAGGCUUGACCCAGAGGGUAUUCUAUGGACAAAUGAUUUUUAAGGCAAGGCAAUAUUGAUUUAAGAGAUGGUUGUCUGAAUUACGGAUAUAAAGAUUCAAAGCUCCCUGCAUAAUUGCCAGUGGUUCAUGACUGAAUAGAACAAAUAUUCUCAACCG